AUGCCUCUGAUACGACCAACCGCCUUCUCCAGCCGCGCCGCCCAGUUGGCCGUCGCCUCGACCCCUCGAUCCAGCAUCGCGCGCCGAGCCCUUUCCACCACACAACAUCUGCGCGGCGGCGCUUCACACGACGACCACUACGACCCUCCGGGUGGUAUCCUCUUCGGCGUCAAGCCCGGCGAGCAGUACAAGGACGAGGGCUGGGAGAAGGUCUUCUACUGGGGCUUCUUUGGCAGUAUGGCCUUUGGCAUCAUCGGCUAUGCAUACAAGCCCGACACCAGCAUCCAAACAUGGGCUCUUGAGGAAGCUAGAAGAAGACUCGAGGCCGAGGGCAUCCUCGCCGACCCCGAGGACGAGUAA